AUGACAGAGUACGACAAACGACAGUUAACAGUGUCUAUGUUUCCUUAUUUCAGCGACGCUCCACACGAAACACAGCUUACAGAUUUAAAUACUGCUUUGACAAACUUUUCUAUUCCUGAGUUUGCCGGUUUUGAUACUCCUUCUGUUUAUUCAAACCAAGUUUCCGGAACGCAGCAGUUUAGCAACCCAAAUGACAGUGGUUGCUUUUUCAGGCCAAUUUCAUCUUCCAAUGUUUCUAACAACUUUCUCUUGGAUCGUUCGCCUUACGAACAAGAUAUCACUGAACUGCUGCCGUUGGUGCCUUCCCUUGAGUUGCAAUCCUCGCAAGUUAAAAAAGAAGAGAUAACAACUUCUGGCUCAUUUUUCUAUUCUAAUUCUCAAGUGAUUAACAAUGAGUUCAAAUACGAUAAUGAUAAAGAAAACGAGAGUGCUUGCGCUAAUGUCAACAUUAGAAAAGAGAUCAUUGACAAAUUGCAAGCACUGUUGGCUGCUUUUGAAAACAAGAAACCAGACAAAGCAAGCCGCCAGAUUGUUUACAAGAAAAUGGAUAAACCUCAGCCGGCAAAGAAUAAUCAGUUCCUAAAUUUGCAAUCGCGUUCAAUGCAGUUUAUUGCUUCACAAAACGAAAUGGAGCAAAUUGGAAAGGCACUGCGCAAAUCAAACAAAACCUACAAAGAAGUUAUCCAGUCUCGAUCGCCCACUUUGGUGUCCUUCAAGAAGGGCGUCGGCCUGCUCUGCGACACCAAGAUGAAGUUCAAAGAGGUGACUGUGGAGAACAAAAUUGCCCUCUGCUUUCUCAUUCGCGUCAUUCUGGUGAACCUGCAGGCGGGCAAAACAAACACCGUCCGUGACAUCUACUAUCGCAACACGAAGAUUUUCAAAAAGGACAGCCACUUGGCGGCGUUGAUUAGCGACAUCUGCGCGACGCUGAACGUCAGCCGCAUUGAGCUGAACAUUCUCUCCUCUCCAAAGGGCGCCUUCUACGGCGACUUCGCCUACGUCGACAAGGUCACCGGCGUCUCGGUGGUGGGCAACAGCGUCCGUGGCGGUCAGAUGAUCCCGGAGUGGGCGCAUCGCCUGCAGGUGACCGCCUUCAGUGCCAAGUUCAUCCUGGUCAUUGAGAAGUACGCCACCUUCUUUCAGCUGCUCAACGAUAACAUCCCCGAGACGCUGCAGUGCAUCAUGAUCACUGGCUGCGGCUAUCCAGACGUUCGCACCCGAACGUUUCUCCAACGACUUUGGCUGACGGUGAAGCUGCCGGUGAUGGGCCUGGUCGAUGGUGACGCCUAUGGCGUGGACAUUCUCUGCAACUACCGCUACGGCUCCGUGAGGAUGGCUUUCGAGAGCCUGCACCUGACCGUUCCGGAGAUCAAGUGGCUGGGCAUCACUCCGGAGGACAUUGCCGAGUUCAAGCUGCAGGGCACCUACUUCACGGACAGCGAGAUGGCUCGUUUUGAGUCGAUGAAGAAGCGCGCCUACAUGCUCGACGGCAAUCCGUGGUUGGGGCAGAUUGAACGCCUGCAGAAACAGGGCGUCAAGGUGGAGAUUCAGGCGCUGUGCGACUACGCCCCGGACUUUCUCGCCAAAAUGUACCUGCCCUACAAAAUUCGAUUUGGAAAAUGGAUUUAA